AUGAGUCGCUUUCUAAACGUUUUGCGCAGCUGGCUUGUGAUGGUUUCAGUCAUCGCGAUGGGAAACACCGUGCAGAGCUUCAGAGAUCACAGUUUCCUGUCCGAGAAGCUCUACACCGGCACGCCAGAGUUUGUCAACGGUCUUCAAGCUCGGACAUUUGGCAUUUGGACGUUGUUGUCAUCCAUCAUUCGCUGCGCCUGUGCCAUUGAUAUACACAACAGAACGUUGUACCACAUCACUUUGUGGACAUUUGCGUUGGCGCUGGCUCAUUUCCUGUCCGAGGCCAUCAUCUACAAAACUGCUCCUCUCACCAUCGGAGUCAUGGCGCCUCUUAUUGUGGCUAGUUUUUCAAUUCUAGGGAUGCUGAUUGGAUUCCAGUGUUUUCCAGAGACUCCAGAGGAAGUGGGAGCGCGGCAGAAGAAACGGAACUGA